CUGGACCCGGAGAGCUGACGAUUUCGAUCUCCUAUGGCUCUUGUGACGGGCUUACACCUUUUUGCAAUUUUGGGCGAUAGUCUACUCAAGCUGCACGACCAGGAGACCUUUUGUUAUCAGUCAAGUUCUGCCACUAGUUUUGGAGUAUUGGCUCGACAAUUGUGGGAGUCUUGUGGUGCAGUUGUACCUGGAACCGCGACGAUUAGAUACGAAAGCCAAUUAGAAAACGGCUCACAGGGGGGCUUUUUUUUGGUUUGUUAAUAAACAACACCCCAGGCUAGGCUGAUUGAGCGUGGUUUGUUAUAUGGCUUUCAAGAUAUGGUGUGUUUAACCUAGGAUAUUGGUCAGUCUGAUUCACUCAUUAUUUGAUUAACCGUUUUUAUUAAUUUUUCGAGUCUGAAACUUAAGGA